AGAGAGAGAGAGAGAGAGUUUUGUAACUUUGCCUGCACAAGUUACACAGGCUAAGUGGGUCCAGGGUAGAACAGAUCCCAGGUUAAACACACUGAGUCUCUUCCAAAAGAGAGAGAGAGAGAGAGACAGAGACUGCUUGGGGCUGAGUGUGUUAGGCAGUGUUUAAAAAAUGACCAAAAGGUCUGCAUCUAUUGAGAAUGGUGGAAAAGUCGCAACAAGUGGACACAAAGUUUCCCAAAAUGGGACUCUGCAGGACGGGGACGACAAGAAGGUGGGACUGGGGAAGAAGGUGACGCUCCUCCGAGGGAUCUCCAUUAUCAUCGGCACCAUCAUCGGAGCCGGGAUCUUCAUCUCUCCAAAGGGUAUCCUGAAGCACUCGGGGAGUGUAGGAAUGUCUCUGAUAGUGUGGAUCGCCUGCGGGGUGCUGUCACUCUUCGGGGCCCUGUGCUACGCCGAGCUGGGGACUUGUAUUAAGAAGUCUGGGGGGCAUUACACGUAUAUACUGGAAGCCUUCGGACCUCAGAUGGCUUUCGUAAGGCUAUGGGCUGAUCUCAUUGCUAUAAGGCCAGCAGCAUUGGCAGUCAUCUCUCUGGCCUUUGGUCAGUAUAUCCUGGAGCCUCUGUUCAUGCCCUGUAGUGUCCCCCCAUUGGCUGUCAAACUGGCCACUGCCAUCGGCAUAACCUCUGUUAUGUACCUGAACAGUAUGAGCGUAACAUGGACGGCUCGGAUUCAAAUCUUCCUCACUUUCAGCAAGCUGCUGGCCAUCGGCAUCAUCAUAGUUCCUGGAAUGUACCAGCUCUUUAAAGGUGAAACCAAGAACUUUGAGAAUGCCUUUGAUCUGAGCAAAGUGCAUCUGUCUGGGAUGCCACUGGCCUUCUACUCUGGGAUGUAUGCAUACGCUGGGUGGUUCUAUUUGAACUUUGUGAUAGAGGAGGUAGAUAACCCUGAGCGGAACGUGCCAUUAGCCAUCUGUAUCUCUAUGGCGAUUGUGACUUGCUGCUAUGUCCUGACCAAUGUGGCGUACUACACUGUGAUGUCAGCAGAGGCGCUCCUGGCCUCGGAGGCGGUCGCUGUGACUUUUGCAGAGAAGCUGUUGGGAAACUUCUCGAUAGCGGUGCCGGUGUUUGUGGCCUUGUCCUGCUAUGGCUCCAUGAAUGGCGGCACCUUUGCCUUAUCAAGAAUGUUCUACGUGGCAUCACGUGAAGGACAUCUCCCUGAGGUUUUGUCAAUGAUCCAUGUCCACAGAAACACUCCUAUGGCUGCUGUCUUCAUACUGUACCCUAUGACAAUGCUCCAGCUGUUUGUAGGCGAUAUCUACAGCCUGCUGAACUUCAUGAGCUUCCUGCGGUGGCUGUUCAUCGGCGUGGUGGUUUUGGGUUUAAUCUACCUCCGAUACACCAAACCUGACCUCCCCCGCCCCUUUAAGGUCCCGCUCUUCAUCCCAGUGGUCUUUUGCCUCACUUGUUUCUUCAUGGUCUUCUUGUCUCUGUACUCGGACCCGGUCAACACAGGAAUUGGAUUUGCCAUUUCCCUCACGGGCAUCCCCGCCUACUAUAUCUUCAUUCACUUCAACCACAGACCAAAAUGGCUUCAGAAGGCUUUAGAUUCCUUCAACAGAAGCUUGCAGAUCAUUCUGUUUGUCGUUCCUGCUGAGAAAUAACAGCUGUCCACCACUACAUCCCCUCCUUGGUCCCUUCAGACCACACAAACUAAGCUGAACUGGAACUCUGAUUGAAAGGUUUAAAUGUCUCUGCUGAAAGUGACUUUUUUAAAUGUGUUAUAUUAAAGGAUAUAGACUUAUGU